AUGUUCUCUUGCUUGCCUCGGACUCCUCGAGGCUCAAGCCUCAAGAACGACAAAACUGAAGGCCAUGGCAGUAUCUGGAGGCACAGGGUUCACUCUUGCCUGCAACGCCUGUGGCCAUUUUCCAGAAAGGGAAAAAUCUUGACCAAAGUCAGCCAAGACCGGGACAACAGCGAUCAGGGUGAGAAAGCUUCUGCCCCAAUGGAUCUACAGGAACACCAUAGAGUAUCACGUGUCAGUGCAGAGACUGUGGUGAAGUUGGUCAACAACCUGGUGCCUUCUCUGCAGGAAGGGGAUCCCUUCUUUGUCCAUGCCUUUCUUUCCAAAUACCGAAGUUUUGCCACACCCCUACAAGUUCUGGACCUGCUGUUUAUGAGGUAUGCAAACUUCGGUCCUUAUUCUGAAGAGGAUGAACAAGUAAAGAACACUCUCUGUAGUUUUCUGGACACAUGGAUGGACAAGAACCCUGAGGACUUUUCUGAGCCCACAGAUGUGCUGACUCUGAAAUAUCUAAAGGCCUCUUACAUUGUCUUCAUGGCACACUCAGAUCUUAGUGUCCGUGUCAACAGGAUCCAGACCAUGUUGCAAAAAAUAAAGGCCAAGGAUUUACAAUCUGAGGAUGAGGAAGACUCAGAUCUGGGGAUUUAUAAAUCCUCAGAUCCUGAGAUUCAAUGGGUGUAA